AUGGGGACAAAAGUGUCCUGUCGCGAACUUGUGCAAUCCUCUCGAUGCGUGGUGGAGAAGCAGUCCCCCUACAGCGCAACCCAGCCCCCUCCUCCCCACUCGUUCAGUAAUGUGAGUGAGGAUGGGGUGGUGGAGGUGUCUUGGCAGUGGGCCCCAGACUCUGGCCAGGAGUGUCCUAUAGAGUCCAUGCGCUGCCACGUACGCUACCGCACACCUGCACAGCAGCACUGGACACAGGAGGAGGUGCUAGCUGAACCCAACUUCCAAUUGGUGGAGCCGCUGCCCACGUCGCGCUACCUGUUCCAGGUGAGGUGCACCUGUGUAGCCGUCAUGAGCCCCUGGACCAGCCUCACACUCCACACGCCUCAAGCAGCUCCUGUUGGUGUGGUAGAUCUAUGGACAGACUGUAGUCCCUCCUCCUCACUCACACCCUGUAACAUCACUUGGAAGGAUCCUGACAGGUUUCUCCAGAGGGCCAAUCUUGAGUGGUUUGAGCUGCAGGAGUUCCGUAACGGAGUGUUGAGGAAGUUGAACGUCCCCAAGUCGUCCUGUGACGGUGCGUCAGAAGAGCGUGUGUGCAGACACGCCAUCAGUGUGACCGACGUCAGGCGUGUGUGUGUGUCAGCGUGCAACUCACUAGGGGUCAGCCAGCCCGCCUGCAUCAACCUGCCCUUUCUCACUUUCUCAGAAGCGUCAUCGAUGGGGCUCACGGUCACCAGACAGGAAGAGCAUGGUCUGACUGCUUCCUGGUCUCCGCCCCCUCACCUCACUGAGCAUGUGCAGGAGUACGUGCUUCAGAGGCAGCGGGCGGGACUAGCCUUCUCAAAGGAAUUUGAUUGGACCAGAGUCAGCAAAGAGAAGCGCUCCGCUCUUCUUAAAGGUCAGCUGGGGAACUGCACUCCGUAUGAAAUCUCUCUGUUUGCCGUGAUGGCCAACCAGAGCCAUCAGAUGGCAUCUACUGUGGCUUUUACCUUCCAGUGUGCUCCUCCUGAGGUUCCGUUUGAUGUCCAGCCCUCUCACGACUCGGUCAUCGUGACCUGGACACACACUGACCUGAAGGACCGGGUCGGACAUGUCACCUACGCACUGCAGCUCAACAACCGUACAGUGUACCGUGGGAAGGAUACCCAGCGCGUGGUGCAGGACCUGCAGCCUGAGCGGUCAUAUGAGGUCACCCUCCAGGCAGAGACGGAAGCUGGACCUGGAAACAUCACAAAGCGCAUCUUCAACACCUCAGUAGCACCAGGUUUCGCCGUAUGGGUGGUGGUGUGGUUUGUCGCGGCGUGUGUGUGUUGCCUCUCUGUUGGAUGCUGGAUCCACAAGUCCAACGUCCUCCGCUGUGGUUAUGUACCGGACCCUAAGAACAGCCAGCUACUGCGGGAGCUCCAGCACCUGUGGCGUCCGGUGCAGUUCUGCUCUCUCUCCGAGCCGAUCCUGAAGGGCUCUCCGCUGGAGAUCGUCCCCGUCCCGGUGCAGACUGACCCUCUGUGUCUCCAGAUCAAAGACCACCUGCACACACACACACACACCCACACACACACACACACACACCCCGACGACCCGUACCCUGACCCCCGAGAGCACUUCUACCCCAGCAGAGAGCACCUGGACGUGGACGCCACACACCUGCCAGGGCUCCUCGACUGCCCUCACACCGAGCUGGAGUGGCACCACAUCCCAUACAAGGAGGAGGAGGAGGAGGAGGAGGAGGAGGAGGAGGAGGAGGAGGAGAUGAACAUUGUCAACGUUAAGGUCGCGGCAGGUAGCCGGCUGGCCCAGUGGGGGUAG